AUGCCGCUGAACUCCAGGGCUGUUUACGCAAAGUCGGAUGCGGCCCUUACGCCUUUUGCUAGUCGACGAAGCACCGUCCACAGUAGGAAUGGCAUUAUUUCGUGUACCCAACCGCUCGCUGCUGCGGCGGGCCACAAGAUCCUGACUCAGGGAGGAAAUGCUGCAGAUGCAGCCGUUGCCGUUGCCGCCAGCCUGAACAUUACCGAGCCCGGUUCAACAGGUAUCGGAGGCGACAUGUUCUGCCUCUUCUACGACGCCAAAACGAAGAAAGUACAUUCACUAAACGGCUCCGGCCGAUACCCUGGCGCAGCAACUCUGGAGGAAGUGCGCCAGAAAUUGAAUAUCGACCCUGGCGCUGAUGCGAGUAUGCCCUUUCUCAGCGCGCUAGCGGCUACUACGCCGGGUGCAGCUGCGGGAUGGGUUGAUACCGUGGAGAAGUUUGGCAGUGGUAAGCUGUCUUUGGAACAGAUCUUGCAGCCGGCUAUUGAGAUGGGUGAGAAUGGGUUUCCAGUGUCGGAACUUUCUUCUCGAAGUUGGCAAAAAAGUGAGCAUAUCAUCCGUGACGCAUCUCCCAAUUUCCGUGAGAUGCUCAAGAAAGAUCCCUCGGCCAAGGAUGGCGUGCGAGCUCCGCUUCCCGGAGAAAUUAUGAAGAACCCGACCCUCGCAAAGACGUUCCGCACUUUAGCGGCAGAGGGUAAGAAGGGCUUUUAUCAAGGUCGGAUUGCUGAGGAAAUUGUCAAAGUUGUGAACGAGCUGGGCGGUUUGAUCACCCUGGAGGACCUGGCCUAUCAUGCCGAGGUCGGCACCCAGGAGACGGAAGCUAUCUCUCUCAAAUUCACUGGCCAAGAUAUUAUUUCGAAGCAAUCCCCAGGCACGGACGGAGAGCCUAACCAGGGCGUAGAAGUCUGGGAGCACCCGCCCAACGGCCAAGGUAUCGUUGCAUUGAUGGCCCUUGGUAUUAUGGAGGAACUGGAGCGGACGGGCAAGAUCCCACGUUUCAGUCAAGACCAGCAUAACUCUGCCGAGUACCUCCACGCAGUCAUUGAGAGUCUACGAAUCGCCUUUGCUGAUGCAGCCUGGUGGGUGACUGACCCGGACACUGAAAAGGUCCCCUCAAAGGGUCUCCUCGACCGUGAAUACCUCGCCGAGCGAGCGAAGCUAUUCUCUCCUGACCGCGCAGCCGAUAUCAUGGAUCACGGUAGUCCUGCCCAUAACCACUGCGACACGGUAUAUUUCGCCGUCACUGACUGCGAGGGCAAUGGAAUCUCCUUCAUUAACAGCAACUACAUGGGCUUCGGAACAGGCAUCAUCCCUGCUGGCUGUGGGUUCACCCUGCAGAACCGUGGUGCCAAUUUCUCCCUGCAACCUGGACACCCCAAUGCAUUGGCCCCUCGCAAGCGUCCCUUCCACACGAUUAUCCCAGCUCUAAUCACAAAUGUCUCCGAUGGAUCUUUACAUUCCGUCUAUGGGGUUAUGGGAGCCUUUAUGCAACCCCAAGGCCACGUGCAGGUCUUGCUAAACAUGCUUGCCUUCGGCUAUCACCCUCAAGCGGCGCUUGAUGCCCCACGGAUUUGUAUUGCGGCGGCUACGUCUGAGAUUACUGAUCGGACUAUCUAUGUGGAGGAGGGAAUUACGGACGGGGCGAUAGAGGGCUUGCGUCGACUGGGACAUAAGAUUGAAGUGUUGACCGAAUGGAAGCGGGCUAUGUUUGGUCGGGGCCAGAUUAUUCGUCUCCACUACGAUGAGGGGUCGCUUGUAUACAGUGCGGGUAGCGAUCUCAGAGGUGACGGCAUGGCGUUCCCUCUACUUUAG